UUUUCAUUUUUAUUUUAUUUAUUUUUAUUUAUUUUUGUUUGUUUAUUUAAUUUUAAACCAAGGGUAUUAGGGAUAUUUUACUCUUUAAUGAAUGUCAUUUUUGUGACUUUCUCCUUCUAAUGCUAUUUUUGAGACAUAAAUUUCAAAAGGUGCUAUUAUUGACAAUUGCCCUUAUCCAAAUUGUGUUAAUGUUUUUUAUAUGAUGCUCAAAUCAGAAAAUUUCUAAUGAUAUUAAAUUUUACUUAGAAUUUAAUAUUUCAAAUUAAAUCUAAACUAUAUAUCAAACAAAAUCCAAAAUCGAAACAUAAAUCAAUUACAAUUCCAGUUUAAACACAACUACAAUGGAAUAUCCGGCAAAUAAAAAUGAAUGAACCUUUUCUAAAAAGGUCUAAUAAUUAGUUUUUGGCAUUUUGCAGAUAUAUAUGUAAAGAGGGGUGUAUAUAUAUAUAUAUAUGUAUGAGUGCAUUCAAAAAGACAAAAAGAAUAGAUGGAAAAAGAGACAGUCAUCUUUUAGAAAAAGCCAAAACCAUUUCAGAAAACAAAAGAGACUUGCUCUUUUAAAUCCAACACAUACCCACAAAUCCUCUCCUACGUUUCUCUGUCUUCUGUUCUUGGUUUCUGUGCUCCAAAUCUAAAAGACGUUUUAGGGUUCUUGAGACUGAUUUGUGAAGGAAUGGGUACGUGUGGUGGAAGAAACGGCAACGACGUUGGCUUUAACGGUCACGGAGGCGGCAGAGUUAGGCCAUACGUACGGUCUCCAGUGCCUCGACUCAGAUGGACGCCGGAGCUCCACCGUUGUUUCCUAAACGCCGUCGAUAUGCUUGGUGGCCAACAUAGAGCCACUCCAAAGCUUAUUCUUAAGAUGAUGGAUGUGAGGGGACUCACCAUUUCACAUGUCAAGAGCCAUCUCCAGAUGUAUAGAGGUUCUAAACUCACUUUGGGCAAAUCAGAGGAAAGCUCUUUAUCUUCAAUAAGAAGAAGACAAGACACUGAAGAAGAUUAUCUUCAUGACAACUUGUCUUUACCCUCAAGGAAUGAUUGUCUUUUGGGGUUUCACUCGUUUCCUCUUUCUUCACAUUCUUCUCUUAGAGGAGGAAGAAGAGAGAAUCAGACUUCACAGUCUGGUGGUGGUGAUGAUGAUGAUGACUUUCUUCACAUCAUAAACAUGGAGAAGACGAAAGAAACGACGGCGUUUCCAUCACAUCAAUGCCACAAGAAGACAGAGAAGGAGAAGAACAAAUGGGAGAACAGUGGGAAAGAACAAGAAGAGGAAGAUUUGUCGCUGUCUCUGUCUUUGAACCAUCAUCAAUGGAGAAGCAACGGGUCAUCAGUGAGCGAAACGAGUGAAGCAGUCUCCACUUGUUCUGCACCAUUCGUCUUCAAAGAUUGCUUUGCUUCUUCACCAAAGAUUGAUCUCAACCUUACUCUUUCAGUUUCUCUCCUCAGCAGCUGAAACCAGUAAAUAAAUAUCUGUCUGCUUAGAUUAGUCCCAGUGAAAACAUUUCAGAUGAUUUUGUUGUUAAACUCCUAGGAUUUCUUGUUUA